GUUGCCAUGGAAAAGGGACUCUGCUUAGCGCAGCCAAAGCUCAAAACAGCAGCUAAGAGCUAGCUACCUUGGUCUAGCAUUUGUGUAGCUUAACAAUGGCGACACAGGAAAACAUCGUAGAAAAACACAUGAGUAUAAACAUAACGGUCUCCCGUGGAAAUAAUCUGCAAGGAAAACAGGUCAACAACUUCCGGAGUUUUCUGCAGGUUGAAGUGGAUAGAGUGGUGCUGGGAACCUCUGACAAGAAACCGUUUGACCCUGAGGAGCAGUGUGUUGUCUAUGACUUUACCUGCAGUUUCCACUGCUCCAGUGACACUCAGGCACUCAGUGACAUUGCUCAUAAACCCAUCAUAUUGAUGGUGACAGAGGUCCUGUCUGAGGAGAAGAGAGCUGAGGAGAAGACAACAGUGCUAGGCCAAGCUGUGGUCGACCUGCUGCCACUGCUGCAAGGUCAGUGCAGCUUCUCAUUAAAAGUCCCACUGAAUCCACUGACCAGCUCCUUAGCAAAAGAGUCCUCCCAUGGCUUCAACCUCAAGCAGCCGACUCUGGAUGUGUGUGUCAGUGUGUUGGAUCCAGUGCUGUCUGAGUCUGAACGCUCAUCCUGCAGCCUACUGAAGGUAUCUGUGGAGACAGCCUUCUCAGUUCCUGAGUCAUGGAUGCUGCCAUCUGGCCCUGCCCCCUCUCCCUGCUCAUAUACUGCUGCCCUGGAAGUCCCACUUACUGCAGAGAAAGAUCAGGUGCUGGUGUUUUGUGAAGGGCAGCUAAAGCCAGGGGGACAGAGGGAGGAAAACAGCAGACAAAAGAAGAGACCCCAUCAGUCACUACUGGUCCCAGAGAACCACUUUCUGCCAGGAGCCUUUUUCCAGGCAGAGCCCAUCGAACAGGAGGAUGGCGAACUGACUGGCUUGGAGGACCGGGAGUUUCGUAAUGAAGCAGAAACCACUAAGAAAAGGGUGAGCUGGGACACAGAGAUGUGCUGCCUACUGGAUAGAGGAGGAACUACCAGGCUGCAGCAGAUGAUCAGUGAGAGCAGACUGUGGCCAGUGGAGAUUAUGAGGUUGUUGACUCCAUUUGAAAAGGCAAUAGAAACCAAGCAGGUGAGACAGCUAACCGAGGGUAACCCAGAGAUCCCCUUCCAUGGGGUGGCGUUCGUGGACAUGGGGCAGCUGCUGUAUCCUGGAGUCAGUCGCAUUCGAGGAGCAUACAGCAUUCAGCCCUUCUCUGAAGCUGAGUUGCUGAACAAAGCCAACCGGAGUGUCAGUGUGUUAAAGGAGUAUGUCAAGGAUGCAGCCAUUCAGGCAAAAGCUCGUGCCAGCUCAGCUACAGGCUCUCCCAAGGGAAAGUCAGGGAGGAACAUGGAUGCCAGGAUUUCAAAGGAGUUGACAAAAAAGAUCAGGACAUCUGCAGCUGACAGUGGGACCGAUGGUCAGAACCAAACUGAGCUGCGUGUCAAUAUAGAGGGAAAUAUGUAUUUGGAGGCCAGAACUUACAUUAUAAUUGAGAUAGCCUUGGAGAAACCAUUGGUACCCAAAACAUCUCCAGAGGAGCUGGCGCAAAGGGUGAAGGCACUGAUCCCACCCAGACCUCCACUUCCAGCAGGUCCUAGCAGAGCAGAAAGAGCAGUGAUGGACUUCCACAGGCAGGUAGGCAAUGUGGUGUCACAUGUUUCAGACCAGUAUAAGGAGUUGUUUGGAGCAAGCAGUCGCACGCACUUGGAAGACUGCAGCCAGGAGCAAAUGAUGGUUCAACUGAUGGCAAUGCUCAAUGUCUCUGGGAGAUACUUUACCUUCAAGGAACAGAUGAAGCCUGCGGUGGUGAGGAUUGUACGUGACAAGCUGCAGCGAACAGAGCCUAUCAGUGACCCUCAGGAGCUACAGGCUUUCGUCAGCAAACUCUAUGUCUACCUGGUGGACGAAAUGCAUGUAGCACUCAACAAGAUUUAUUCAGAGGACAUCGAUGACGACUCACCUGAUGAGAUCCAUUUGAAUUCUUCUCAGCUCAGACAUUUUGCCAAGGAAGCUCAGCUUACUGGGGAUUAUCAGCAGGCUGCUCAGUACUGUCAAGAGCUAGUGGUGAGGCACCCCAGUGAACCUUCCCACAUGUUUGAGUGCGGAAGCCUUUACAUGCUGACUGGAGACUACAUGAAGGCUAAAGAGUGUUUCCAUGCUGCUGUGUCCAUCCAACAGGCACAUCAACCCAGCCUGAUGAUGUGCGGGGUCUUGGCAGUGAUGUUUGAACAUUACAAGGAAGCCCAGACCUUUCUGGAGCGAGCCACCAACAUAGACCCACAUAGUGUUGUGGCCUGGACGCUGCUGGGUUUGGUCCAUGAACGCAAGAAUGAACACAUCCUGGCUGAGUCAGCUUGUCUGGAGGCCAAACGGCAGCUGAGGGCAAAAGAAGCAAAGAAUGAAAUUCAGAAGGAAGAGGAGAAGACAGACAAGCAGGAGGAAGGGAAGACGGCCACGCCUGCACAUCAGGGAUCCACUGCUAAUCAAAACUCGGAGUUUGUUGACCAGGUCUCAGAGAUGCACAAAGAGCCUUCAGCACAGAGCAUUGGGUCCAGAUCAGCUCCAACUAAACUCUCCUCCACCAUUUACACAGAGACAGUCCAGUUCCUGCUGCAGAACAAUGCCCUGCAGAUGGCAGAGCAUGCUCUGUCCCAGGAGCUGCUGUGUUCAGAUGACGGUCACAGUGUCUCCUACCUCGUUCAUCUGGCCCAGUUGCAGAUGCUCAAAGCAGACUACUCCAGUGCUGCUGUCAACCUCAAGCAGGCACUGAUUCACAAAGAUCAGCAGGAUGCAGAUGUGUGGGCUUUGAAUGGUCACUGUCACUACCUGCGAGGUGAGCCCCAUGUUGCCCAGCACAGCUACAAGCAGAGCCUUUGCCUUCCUCAGCAGCCAUCAGACUCUCACCUUGUCCUCCUACGCCUGGGAUCCAUUUAUCUCCAACAGGAAAAGUUUGAGCAAGCCAAAGUUGUCUACCUACAGGCCUGUGAGCAGUCUCCAUCCUGCCUGACCUGGCUAGGCCUGGGCAUCGCCUGUUACCGGCUGGAGGAGCUGUGUGUAGCCGAGGAUGCGUUCAUUCAGGCAAACCGUUUGAACACCCAGAAUGCAGAGGUGUGGGCUUACUUGUCUCUGAUCUCCUUGAGGACUGGAAAACCAAAGGAAGCAGAACACUUUUAUAAAUGUGCAGUAAGGUUUAACCUGCAGAAGGACUCACUCCUCAAAGAGUUAAAUGAGCUGAAAGAUCAUCUCCGCUUCAGUCAUCUGGCUUCAUGCUUUGCAAGAUGCUCUCAAGCAGGAGUCUAAAUAAUACGACCAAGUACAUUACAGUGCUGUGCAUAUUUACACACUCUAGAGACAGCAGUACGUUUCUGUGUUUAGAUAAGAUGAAAACAACAAAUCAAAUGCAUGUGGUUGGCAUUAAGAGAAUCUAUUAACAUGUCAUCUUAACGGCCGUAUGGAAGACAAACCGCACCUGAAAACCAUUUGUCCAAAUAAAUCUGUUGCUAUUUAGCCAGUGUGAAUUCUGAAAACAUUGUUAAAAACAGAAAAGGUUAUGUUGCUUUUAAUAAAAUGAUAGGGAAGAUAAAAAAUACUAUACCCUAUUAAAACCAGACUGUUGAGAAAAUUGUACAAGAGAGUUUUGAAACAGCCUACAGAUUUGUAGUGAUGAGUAGAAGUGGGAGAUUAAAGUUUUAGACACUUGCUGUCAUAUUGUUGUCCCAUCGGUCACAUUUUAACCUAAUUUGAUCAAAUUUGUGAGAUGUUAUUAAAGUCAAAAAAACACUCAAAGCAACACAGUUGGUCUCAAAUGUAUAUAAAACAACUGUGUUAAUGGAGAGCAUUAACAACAGAAAAGGAAAAAGGGCAUGUGGUGACUAGUAAUAAAAUAUUUUUAAACUAUUUUAUCUUACUUUUUGUCUCAUUUUUACCAUCUGAACAGCAAAACAAGUCUGAUGAGACAUUCUGGCCUCAUUGUUCUAAAACACCCUAACAGAUUUUGGCACCUCCUCCCU